UACGAAUUCACUCAAGGUCAAAGUGGCUUAGUAACCACAUUAAAACCUAUUGUCGAACAUUGGUCUUACCCUCAGUUCGCAAAGGCAGUCCUUGACAACUACAACAAAUUCUUCUCCGAAGUCAAAUCCAAAGUCAAGGUUUACUAUGAGAACAUCGACGCACUCAUGACGAACGAAGAAGGCUAUAACAAACUCAUUGAAAUGGGAAUGGUCGGUGAAAAGAUGGGUCAAUUCAAAUUGGACAAAAUUUUCACCGAAGUUCAUGUCCUCUCCAAGCGUAAGUACUGGGGCAUACUUGAAGACGGCACAGAAAUAAAACAUUGCAUGAAAUAA